AUGAGUUUUCAACUCUCACGUGAACAAUUUCGCACUAUGAUUUUAUAUGAUUGGAAAAUUGGCUUAACACACAAGGAUAGCCAUGCCCGUUUGGUGCAAGCAUGGGAGGAGCAAGUACCUUCUGAUCACACAGUCUACCAUUGGUUUCGUGAAUUUCAACGCGAUAAUUUUAGUGUUCAAGAUGCUCCACGUUCAGGUCGUCCUUCAACAUCUGUUAAUGAACAAACAAUUGAUGCUACAGGAAAAAUAAUUCAAGAUGAUCCUCAUUCGACGUAUCAGCAAAUAGAAAACAUAUUGAGUACCAAGUCCACAGCAAUUAAUUCGAUUAUUCAUGAUUAUUUAAAUCUACGAAAAGUUUGUGCUCGGUGGCUAGGGUGUGGGGUGGGUGUGGGUAGGUGUAAGUGUGGAUUGGCAUGGAUGUACCUGGGGGUGGGGGUUGGUCUUCUUUUCAUCUACAACCGCACCCACACACCCACACCCACACCCACACCCACCCACACCCACAUCAAUGUCAUGUGGAUACAGAACCUGAGAUCAAAUAUGAUUGUUGAAGAUCACGGUAUUUUCUAAUCAAGAACGACAUUUUGCGAGAAACGGGGAUAAGAUAGACAUAUUAUGAAACAAAUCGAACGGUAGACUAGUUGGUCUAUGUGUUGUUUAGCUGAACAAUGAAGCAGAAAGCGAUGAGCCAACAGAAAACGCGGAUGAG